CGAAGCAAGGUUUGCCGAAUUAGAUACCCAAACGCGGCUUUUUGGGAAGUAAAAAUCCUCCUCUCCCCUCUGUUCUUCUCUCUCAAGAUUCUUUCUUCACUCUCUCUAGAAUCUCUCUCUACUGCAACAAAAAUGGCGGCUUCCUCUCGAAGAUCAAGCGGACCAAUCCUACGCUCUCUCUCCCCUUCCGGAAGAUUCCACACUUCGUCUCCAUCAUCGUAUUCUUCUUCAGCCUUCGCUUCAUCGAGCUCCAGCUUUUCGUCUCAAUCCAACACUUUCCUCCACAGAUCAACCUCUCGUACGCGCGUCAAUUUGUACGAUUCAGCUCCGUCGGCGAGGUCGGUACGGUUCUCUAUCGACCGUCCGAUUUCUCCGAGCCGAUCGAUCUCCGUAUCGUCUCGGAACCAGGUGAUGAAGGCAGGGACUCAAAAGCGGACCUGUAUGUGUUCACCGACUAAUCAUCCAGGCUCGUUUCGUUGCAGUUUGCAUAAGAAUUUUAGUAACCAAACGGUGUCGUAUCCAUCGAACCGACUCAACGCUCGGAGGUCGGCGAUGACGAAUUCGCUGGUUCGAAUCGGGACCGUUGAAGGCGAUUUGGUGAAGAGAGCUCUGUCGGCUCUGAUUCGUCCUUCGUCUCAUCAGCAGCGGCGGCGAUCGGGCUUCCGGCCGAGGCAGAGCCGUCUAUCAAACAUGUCGAAGGCGGUGGAGUUGUGAUGAAUUAACGUCUACGGUAUGUUGAGAAUAAUCUCUAAAAGUUUGCUCAAAUUUCCGUAAUAUUUCGGAACCAGCGGCGGUUAUAGGCGGCGUUGCAAAUUCCGGCGACGCACAGCGGUGGUUGUGUCAGAUCUCGGCGAAUUCCUGAACAAUCAAACCCUUGGA